AUGAAUACAACUGAUUCAAGUUCCUCUACGGAUUCCACAAAGACUUCAGAGAAAAUUAAGAGGCCAUUAAACGCCUUUAUCCUUUGGUCCAAGAAGAGGAGGAGGGUCAUUGCCAACGAAAAUCCGCAGAUGCACAACUUUGACAUCAGUAGAAAACUGGGCUUGGAAUGGCAAAAACUGUCCGAGGAAGAGAAAGCGAAUUACUUCGAAGAAGCCAAGCGUUUGAAAGAGGAGCAUAAACAACAAUAUCCUGAUUACAAAUACCAACCAAGAAAACGUGAUAAAACAAACAAAAGAAACAAGCUCCUUCACGGGACGCCGUUUCAGUUCAGCUUCUAUCCGCAUGACACUACGGGGUUCUUCGAUAGCAGGUACCAUUUCCCAGUGCCUGACUCGAGGCCAUCGUUUCCUGCGGAACCCUUGCCACCUCACGGAGAACCCUCUGGUGUAAGCAGCGAGGAUCAUAUAACACACAGCACUCACGCAAAAGCAACACACACGGAUCACAGUACCCACAGUGUCAUUUACCAGAGCUUCCGGCCUCAGUCUUGCGAUGGUUUUGUACCGUACAGGAGUCUGGAGCCUCCAUACCUGCCUCUACGGCCCAAUUUUGACUUCUCGCAUCUAAACUGGUACGGUUCGUCUUCGGCUUCCAGCCGCAUUGCCCCUGUACCGUACUGUAGUCGAAUGUACCCAUGGCACGCGGCGCGUCAAACCGAUUUCCACUCGUGA